AUGAUUAGCAAGAGCAUUGACACACAAAAAAUUGCCUAUUGUCCAUACUCUAAGUUUCAUGUAGGAGCUUGCAUUCUAGGAGACGAUGGACAACUUUAUACUGGCUGCAAUGUUGAAAACCAAAGUUAUGGCCUCACCAUCUGUGCUGAAAGAUGUGCUGUCAUGAAGAUGGUCUCCAACAAUUGUCAUUGUAUCAAGGGUAUUGUUGUUUCUACAAACAUUGGAGUUACACCUUGUGGUGCUUGUAGACAAGUUCUCCAAGAAUUUGUUGAUGAUAAGACUAAUGACUUCCCUGUUUUAAUUGUCAAUUCGGAAACUAAUGAAGUUUUGGAAAGCAGUAUGAAGGCAUUGUUACCUUCUGCUGUUGAUCUUCACUUCUUGAAGCAUUAA